UUAUCAUUUGAAUCUGACAACUCCAGCUCAACACUGGAUUACCUGCCUAUAAAAAUGAGAUGCUACAGCAACACGCUACUGGGAAUCUAGAGCAGCGAUUGGGUUAUUAAAUGCUGAACUCCAACAAGAAAUCUGAAGGACCUGUGAACCACUGAGCCACUGUGACAUUAGCCUCUCAACGCUCAAGACCACAUAAUAAUGGAGGACUCGACAGAGGUGCGGACAGAUGGAAACUCCUUGCUGAAAGCCGUAUAUCUCUGUCGCCUGAGGCUGACACGCUUGCUUUUGGAAGGGGGGGCUUACAUUAAUGAAAGCAACGAGAGGGGAGAAACCCCACUGAUGGUGGCCUGUAAAAGCCACCAUGCUGAUGCUCAGAGUGUGCCGAAACCCAAGAUCAUCAGGUAUCUUCUUGAAAACGGCGCAGACCCUAACAUUCAAGACAAGUCCGGUAAGACGGCCCUAAUGCAUGCCUGCAUAGAACGAGCGGGGGAUGAGGUCCUGUCUCUUCUCCUGUCCAGCGGAGCAGACCCCAGUUUGGAAGACCACAACGGGUCUUCCGCUCUGGUUUACGCUGUAAAUGCUGGAGACAAAGAUGCGUUACGGGUACUACUGGAUGCUUGUAAAGCCAAGGGCAAAGAAGUCAUCAUUAUUACAAUGGAUAAACUACCCUCGGGAAGACAAAUGACCAAACAGUACUUAAAUGUACCACCUCCACCAAAUCUCGAAGAGCGGUUGCACUGUGCCCCUGCAUCAUGUAUGUCCCCCUCUGAAAUCAAAAUCUGCACACCUCAUAUUUCACCGCACUCCAACAACCAGCCUGAAAGCCCCUUUUUAACUUUAAGGGAGAAUCAAAGUCUGGGCUCCACUUCAGCACUUUGCACAUCCAAGCCAGGGUCGCCAAUUCAAGAUUCAAGUCCUCUGCAAGCAGCCAGUGUGACUAAGUUGUUGCAUUUGCAAAGGUUGCACUCAGAGCCCUGGCUGAAGAUCCCUCCAUCAGUUCUCUUACAAAAAAGCAAGUCCUCAUCCUUGACAGAGGAGCUCCUAGAUAUCACUCCUGAAGAGGAGCUCUCUUUCGGGUACAACAGUUGUCCGCCUCCACUGAGACUCACUGUAGCUCGGCAUCAAAGCAUCGAUGUCAAAGACUCUACUAGUCUGCUUAGAGCUUUGGAGAGUGAAGGCAAACAAACAAAAGGCCAAAAAUGGCUGAAUAGAAAGAUGUCCUAUGAUGGGGAGUUACUACCACACUCCUCACAUCAAAAUCUCAAACAAACAUCAAUUUCAGACACUUUCCCUGUGGACCGGGACUCAGACUGCCUGCCCAAUUUGGCUGUCUCCAGUCUGCGAAACGUGUUUCGUCGUCGUAACAUUGGAAUGGACCACUACAGCUCUGACUCUCAGUUGCCACAAUUCGGGAGGCAACCCUCUGAAGACCUCGGGAGGUCCGGAGGAGGGACCGGUGGAACCGAGAAACGCAAGCUCGUCACCAGCCGCUCCUCUACUCUCUCUGGGUCCAGAGAGUCUUUGGAGAGUCUGGCCCAGAGGAGAAACCCUGCGAUGCUGGAGCGGAGAGGAUCUGGAGCAUUACUCCUGGACCAUAUCUCACAAACCCGGCCUGGUUAUCUGCCACCUCUCAAUCCACACGCACCCAUACCAGAUAUCAAAGCUAAUAGCAGUGCUGCCUCCAACAGUGGAAGCAAACCUGUGGCAGGAACUACACCCAUUGUUCCAGGAUCUAGACAUUUUGUGCCCUGUGCCCCAAGCCAUCCAAGAGAUCACAAGAACAAGAAGACUCUGCUAAGACGACACUCCAUGCAAACAGAACAGAUUAAGCAGCUGGUUAACUUUGAAGAGAUCUUCGGUCAGUAAACAUUACAUUUUAAGGUUAAAAUAUAAAGACAAGCCCCUGUGAUACAUUUUAGACUGACAUAAAAAUAAUAUUUUAACCAUCCCGUCAAUGCACUUUUCAAACUGGACAAUGGAAAUAUAUGUUAAGUCACUGUUCUAAAAUUUACUGCACUUUAAUGUUGUUCUUUGUGCUCUGUUCUUUAGUAUACUGAAUCAGAAUAAUAAAACUAUUACUGUUAGUAUACUGAAUACAGAAUACUGCUGCUGUUUUAAGUACUCAAACCUGCUUUCUCUCUAAACUUGAUUCAUGUCUGUAUUGUCUAUUUAUUUAUAAAACAGAAUAUAUUGUGACUUGUUGACCUAUUGACUGUAA